CGCCACCCCCCCCCCCACCCCUCGCCGCCGCCGCCGCCGCCCCGAGGGGGGACAUGGCGCCGCCGCCCACCGCCCCCGGCCCGGCCCGCCGCCGCCGCUACGGAGCUGCCGUAUCCGCACGAGCCGCCGGUAAUUGGCGUUUAAAUCCGCAGAGAUAAAGACGGGCCUGACGCGCGUUCGGGCCGGCUGGUGAUGUAAUUUUUAAUGGCCUGAAUUCAUUGAUUUCUGCUUUCGACCCGCCGACCCGGGGGAAACGUUGACCGUCCAACAACGGGGACCAGCAAGAACUGAAGCGCUGCUGGUACGUACAGGAUGGGGACGACGAACUUCAUCGCCCUGGCGCCCUGCCUGGCUUGAGAACCGUCACCCCGCCUUCCACCGAGCUCCCAGGUCGCACCGGGCGCCGGAAACACUAAUCCUCUCGGAAGCGGUUGACUGGGACAGGAUGUGUGGACGAUGAUGAUGGCAAGAAAGCAAGAUGUUCGCAUUCCCACCUAUAACAUUAGCGUGGUGGGAUUGUCCGGGACGGAGAAGGAGAAGGGGCAGUGUGGCAUUGGGAAAUCCUGCCUUUGCAACCGGUUUGUACGGCCCAGCGCGGAUGAGUUUCAUUUGGACCACACUUCGGUUCUCAGCACCAGUGACUUUGGAGGAAGGGUGGUCAAUAAUGACCAUUUCCUCUACUGGGGGGAAGUUGUGCGUUCCCUGGAGGACUGCGUCGAAUGUAAAAUGCAUGUUGUGGAGCAGACGGAGUUUAUCGACGACCAGACCUUUCAGCCUCACCGCAGCACGGCCCUGCAGCCCUAUAUCAAGAGGGCUGCCGCGACCAAACUGGCGUCGGCUGAAAAACUCAUGUACUUUUGCACUGAUCAGCUUGGGCUGGAACAGGACUUUGAACAAAAACAGAUGCCGGAUGGAAAGCUGCUGGUGGAUGGCUUUCUUCUCUGCAUUGAUGUUAGCAGGGGUAUGAACAGGAACUUUGAUGAUCAGCUCAAAUUCGUUUCAAAUCUUUACAAUCAACUAGCGAAAACAAAAAAGCCCAUCGUGGUGGUCCUGACAAAGUGUGACGAAGGCGUGGAGCGGUACAUUAGGGAUGCACAUACUUUUGCCUUAAGCAAAAAGAACCUCCAGGUCGUGGAGACGUCGGCUAGAUCCAAUGUGAACAUUGACUUGGCUUUCAGCACCUUAGUGCAGCUGAUUGAUAAAAGCCGGGGAAAGACUAAAAUCAUCCCCUACUUCGAAGCUUUGAAACAGCAAAGUCAACAGAUAGCUGCUGCUAAAGACAAGUACGAGUGGCUGGUCAGCCGCAUUGUCAAAAACCACAACGAGACGUGGUCGAACGUGAGCCGCAAGAUGCAGUCCUCUCCAGAGUAUCAGGAUUACGUCUACCUGGAAGGAACGCAGAAAGCCAAAAAGCUGUUUCUGCAGCACGUCCACCGCCUCAAGCAGGAGCACAUAGAACGGCGGCGGAAGAUGUAUCUUGCCAUGCUUCCUCAAGCGUUCGAAGCCCUCAUCCCGGACCUGGACGAAAUAGAUCACUUGAGUUGCGUAAAAGUGGAGAAGCUCUUAGAGACGAAGCCGGACUUUCUGAAAUGGUUUAUUGUCCUGGAAGAGACGCCCUGGGACGCCACGAGCCACAUCGACAACAUGGAGAACGAGCGCAUUCCCUUUGACCUGAUGGAGACCCAGCCCGCCGAGCAGCUCUACGAAGCUCACUUAGAAAAGCUGAGGAACGAGAGGAAAAGGGCAGAAAUGAGAAGAGCUUUCAAAGAAAACCUAGAGACUUCCCCUUUCAUCACGCCUGGGAAGCCCUGGGAGGAAGCGCGCAGUUUCAUUAUGAACGAGGAUUUUUACAUGUGGCUGGAGGAGUCUAUUUAUAUGGAUAUCUACAGCAAGCACCAAAAACAGAUUAUAGAAAAGGCCAAGGAGGAGUUCCAGGAGCUGCUCCUGGAGUACUCGGAGCUGUUUUACGAACUGGAGCUCGACGCUAAACCCAGCAAGGAGAAAAUGGGCGUCAUUCAGGAUGUCUUGGGUGAAGAGCAAAGGUUCAAAGCUCUGCAGAAGCUGCAGGCUGAGCGGGAUGCGCUAAUUUUGAAGCACAUCCACUUCGUGUACCACCCGACGAAGGAAACGUGUCCGAGCUGCCUGGUUUGUGUAGACUCUAAAAUUGAGCACCUGAUCAGCUCCCGUUUCAUCAGGCCCUCCGAACGCAACCAGAAGAACUUGCUUUCGGACUCCAACAUCGACAGGAUCAACCUGGUGAUCCUCGGCAAGGACGGUUUGGCGCGCGAGCUGGCCAACGAGAUCCGGGCGCUCUGCACCAACGACGACAAGUACGUGAUCGAAGGUAAGAUGUACGAGCUGUCCCUGAGGCCGAUCGAGGGCAACGUCCGGCUCCCCGUUAACUCUUUCCAGACGCCCACCUUCCAACCUCACGGUUGUCUCUGCCUUUACAACUCGAAGGAGUCGCUGUCCUACGUGGUGGAAAGCAUCGAAAAGAGCAGAGAGUCGACCAUCGGCAGGAGGGAUAAUCACUUGGUUCACCUUCCUCUGACGCUCAUCCUCGUUAACAAGAGGGGGGACACCAGUGGCGAGACGCUACAUAGCUUGAUACAGCAAGGCCAGCAGAUCGCGAGCAAGCUGCAGUGCGUCUUUCUGGACCCCGCGUCCGCUGGCAUCGGGUACGGCCGUAACAUCAACGAGAAGCAGAUCAGCCAGGUUUUGAAGGGGCUGUUGGACUCAAAACGCAACUUAAACCUCGUCAGCUCGACCUCCAGCAUCAAAGACCUGGUGGACGUCGACCUUCGGAUCGUCAUGUGCUUGAUGUGCGGAGAUCCCUUCAACGCGGACGACAUCCUCUUACCCAUCCUGCAGUCCCAGACCUACAGACCUUCGCAGUGCGGCAGCAGCAGCUCCGUCCUCCUCGAGUUAUCCAUCGGGCCGCACAAGAGGCGCGUGGAGCUCUCCCUCCUUUCCUACCAUUCCUCCUUUAGCAUUAGGAAAAGCCGGCUCGUCCACGGGUACAUCGUCUUUUACUCGGCGAAACGCAAGGCGUCCCUGGCCAUGCUACGUGCCUUUCUCUGCGAGGUGCAGGAUAUCAUCCCCAUACAGGUCGUGGCGCUCACGGACGGUUCCAUAGACAUCCUCGACAACGACUUGAGCAGAGAGCAGCUCACCGAGGGCGAGGAGAUCGCCCAGGAGAUCGACGGCAAGUUCACCACGAUACCUUGUAGCCAGCCGCAGCAUAAGCUGGAGAUUUUCCACUCGUUUUUUAAAGACGUGGUGGAGAAAAAAAACAUCAUCGAAGCCACCCACAUGUACGACAACGUGGCCGAAGCCUGCAGCACGACGGAGGAGGUGUUCAACUCGCCCCGAGCGGGUUCCCCUCUCUGCAACUCCAACCUGCAGGACUCGGAGGAGGACGUCGAGCCCCCCACCUACAGCCCCUUCAGAGAGGACACGUCCAUGCCCGCCCUGCCCAAAGACCACUCGAAGCUUUCCAUGGAGCUGGAGGGGAACGACAGCUUGUCUUUCAUUUCCGUCAUGAGCACUUUUGAAAGCAAGCUGAACAACAAAGUACCUCCUCCGGUGAAACCAAAGCCCCCCGUGCAUUUUGACAUUACGAAGGGGGACCUGUCGUAUUUGGACCAGGGGCAUCGGGACGGGCAGAGGAAGUCCGUGUCUUCUAGUAGCUGGUUGCCCACCGAGUGCUUCGAUCCUUCCGAUUACGCCGAGCCGAUGGAUGCCGUGGUCAAACCCAGAAACGAAGAGGAGAACAUCUACUCUGUGCCUCACGACAGCACCCAGGGCAAGAUCAUCACCAUCCGAAACAUUAACAAAACCCAAUCGAACGGCAGCGGCAACGGCUCGGACAGCGAGAUGGACACCAGUUCCCUGGAACGGGGUCGCAAGGUGUCGGUCGUUAGCAAGCCCGUGCUGUAUCGGACGCGCUGCAUGAGGCUGGGCAGGUUUGCUAGCUACCGAACCAGCUUCAGCGUUGGGAGCGACGAUGAGCUGGGACCCAUUCGAAAGAAAGAGGAAGAUCAGACUUCCCAAGGGUAUAAAGGCGAUAACGCCGUUAUCCCCUACGAAACUGCAGACGGGGAGGAUCCGAGGAGGAGGAACAUCCUGCGCAGCCUGAGAAGGACGACGAAGAAACCAAAGCCCAAACCUCGGCCGUCCAUCACGAAGACGACGUGGGAGAGCAACUAUUUCGGGGUGCCUUUGACCAACGUAGUGACGCCAGAGAAACCCAUCCCCAUUUUUAUCGAGAGAUGCAUCGAGUACAUCGAAGCAACAGGGCUGAGCACCGAAGGCAUCUAUCGCGUGAGCGGAAACAAGUCGGAGAUGGAGAGCCUGCAGCGGCAGUUCGACCAGGAUCACGGGCUGGACCUGGCCGAGAAGGAUUUCACCGUCAACACCGUGGCCGGUGCCAUGAAGAGUUUCUUCUCCGAGCUGCCCGAGCCCCUCGUCCCCUACACCAUGCAGGUUGAGCUGGUGGAAGCCCACAAAAUCAACGACCGGGAGCAGAAGCUCCACGCGCUGAAGGAGGUGCUGAGGAAGUUUCCCAAGGAGAACUACGAGGUCUUCAAAUACGUCAUCGGGCACUUGAACAAGGUCAGCCACAACCACCGAGUGAACCUGAUGACCAGCGAGAACCUCUCCAUCUGCUUCUGGCCCACCCUGAUGAGACCCGACUUCAGCACGAUGGACGCCCUGACGGCCACCCGCACCUACCAGACAAUCAUCGAACUCUUCAUCCAGCAGUGCCCCUUCUUUUUCUACAACCGGCCCAUCCUCGAGCCCCCCAGCGCCGCUCCCGGUUCUCCAUCCGCCGCUCCCCCCGGCGCUCCCUUCCUCCCCGUCACGCCGGGUACGGCUCAACCUUCGCCUCCCCGGACCCCGCCGCCGUCUCCGCAGUCGCCCGUCCAGCCGCUCCUCCCGGCCCAGCUCCACGCGGAGCAGCACACGCUGUGAGCUGGCACCGGAAAACAAAACAAAACAACAAAAAAAAACAAAACGAAAAAAAAAAAUAACAAAAAAAAAACCCGACGCGCAAAAACAAACCGACAAAACACAAAACCCAACAAAAACCAACCGGAAAAAAAAAAAAACCAACAAAACCACAAGAAUUUUGGUUUGGGCUGGGGCGCCUGACGGAGAUGGGGAAGCGAGCGCCGGGUUUGGGCUCGCCCUCUCCAGCCCCGGCGCAGACUCGGGCACGGCGGGAGCGCGCCGGGGCGGCGGGACGUGGGGGUACCAGGAGGGUUUUUCCCCGCUUUUCGGUUUGGGCAGGGGGUUGAGGAACGAAUCCGGCGUCGGCGGUGCGGUGGGGCUGAGCCGGUGGACCCGCGCGUCGGGGCGCUCGGCAGAUCGGACGUUGUUCCGCCUGCCCCUGGACUUUUUCAGCUCGGCCCCAGCGCCGCCAAACCCCUUCGUAUCCCACGGGACGCGGCCGGCGGUUCGCCCGGUGCCGUCUGAAGCUCAUCCGACGUGGCCCGAGGCUCGUCCGGCACGGCCCCAGCUCGCCCGGCAUGGCCCAGGGCUCGUCCGACGCGCUGCGGUGCAGCCCGAGGCUCAACCAGCGUGCUCCGGUGUGGGCUGAUGCUCAUCCGGUGGGACGCGAGGCUCAUCCAACGUGGUCCAGCAUGGCCCGAGGCUCAUCCAACGUGGUCCAGCUUGGCCCAAGGCUCAUCCAACGUGGUCCAGCUUGGCCUGAGGAUCAUCUGAUGCAGCCUGAGGCUCAUCCAACGUGGUCCAGCUCAGCCUGAGGCUCAUUCAACGAGGUCCAGCAUGGCUUGAGGAUCAUCUGAUCCAGCCCGAGGCUCAUCCAACGUGCUCCAGCUUAGCCCGAAGCUCAUCCAACGUGGUCCAGCUCAGCCCAAGGCUCAUUCAACAAGGUCCAGCAUGGCUUGAGGAUCAUCCGAUGCAGCCUGAGGCUCAUGCAAUGUGCUCCAGCUUGGCCUGAGGAUCAUCCAACAUGGUCCAGCUUGGCCCAAGGCUCAUCCAGCAUGGCCUGAGGCUCAUCCAGCGUGGUCCAGCUCAGCCCAAGGCUCAUCCAACGUGGUCCAGCAUGGCCCAAGGCUCAUCCAACGUGGUCCAACAUGGCCUGAGGCUCAUCCAACGUGGCCCAGCUCACCCUGAGGCUCAUCCAAUGUGGUCCAGCUCACCUUGAGGCUCAUCCAACGUGGUCCAACAUGGCCUGAGGCUCAUCCAACGUGGUCCAACAUGGCCUGAGGCUCAUCCAACGUGGCCCAGCUCACCCUGAGGCUCAUCCAACGUGGUCCAGCUCACCCUGAGGCUCAUCCAACGUGGUCCAGCUCACCUUGAGGCUCAUCCAACGUGGUCCAACAUGGCCUGAGGCUCAUCCAACGUGGCCCAGCUCAGCCCGAGGCUCAUCCAACGUGGCCCAGCUCACCCUGAGGCUCAUCCAACGUGGCCCAGCUCAGCCCAAGGCUCAUCCAACGUGGCCCAGCUCAGCCCGAGGCUCAUCCAACGUGGCCCAGCUCAGCCCGAGGCUCAUCCAACGUGGCCCAGCUCAGCCCAAGGCUCGUCUGACACAUCCCAAGACUCAUCCGAGACGACCCAAGGCUCAUCCAACGCCGCCCGCCGCAUCCCGGGAGUAUUCCCAUGAAUCCCACGACCUCCCUGGGGGUCUCCCCCACCCCCCCCCUUUCCACCCGCCCCCCCAAAAAGCCUUUUGGGGGGGGGGGGGGGGGGCACCCGGUGUUCCCCCUCCGGGGAUUUUGGCAUUAAGCACUUACCGGAAGGGGGGGGGUUGGACCCACUGCCCCCCCCCCCCCCCAUCACCCCCCAUUUUUGGCUGGAUUUGGGGUUUUUCUCCGGAAAAGCCGAUGCCGAUUUUUGGGGUUGGGCUGACGGGUUUAUGGUUUGGGGAAAGAAAACCAGAAUUUGGCUGCGCUGAGGACGCCUGGGUUUGCCCCCCCCCCCGCCCCUCCCCCAGCUCCUCCUCCCAGUAUCGGGGUGGUUUUAAACUGGAUUUUCAUGGUACCACUGGGAGAGCACGGGGAAGGCUCCCGCCGCCCCUCCUGGGUCUCUUCGCACUUUAAGACGCCCCAAACCCCCCCCCCACCCCAAGUGAUUAAAACAGCCCAAACCCCCCCCAAAAAAAAAAAAAUAAACCACCUGCUCUCUGGCCCAUGGAAACCCCCAAAAAGGGCUUUAUUCCCCCCCCCCCAAAAAAAAAAUUCUCUUUGUGCUUUAAAACAAAAGUGUUGGUGUAAAUAACGGCCGCCGGCUUCUCUCUUUUUGGUUUUUUUGGGUUUUUUUUUUUGAAAUAAAACUGUCCAAAAAAAAAAAAAAAAAAAUCCCCCCCAAAAAAAAGAAGAAAGAAAAAAACCCAACCCCAAAAAGUAGAAAAAUAAAAAAAAAGAAACAAAAAACCCCCCAAUUCUCACCCCAGGGAGGGGUUGUUUUUUUUUUGCCGUUAAAAAAAAAGGGGGUUUGGUGCCUUUCGGCGCGGCCAGAGGGGCCUUUUGUGGGUUUGUUUUUUUUUUUUUAAUGGUGCUGGCAAAGGGCUGGGGGAAAAAAAGGCAAAAUCGGGCAAAACUCAAACCGAAAGACGGACGCGUCACUGCUUCUCCCCCCCUCCCAAAAAAAAUGGGGUAAAACACUACAUUUUAACCAUUUUCCCCCCCCCCUUCCCACCGCCGCAUCCUCCUUGCCUGCGCAGUUUUGGGACAGAACUCCCAAUUUUGGGGAUUUUUUCUUUUUUCACCUCAUUCCCUGUGUAUUUAGGGGGUUUUUUCCCAUUAGGUUUACCUCCCCGUUGUUGGUUUUUUUUUUUUGGGGGGGGGUAACCCCAAAACAACGCUAGAAAAAUAGUCAUUUUUAAAGCAGGACGUAAAUUAUUGUUUAAAUAAUUAAAAAAAAAAAAAAGCAAUUUUUUUUUUUCCCCGCAGAAGGAAAAAAAAUUUUAAAAAAGCAACACCCAACCGCAAAACAAACAAAAAACCCCCCCCCCCCAAAACCCAAACAACAAAAUAACUUUUUUUUUUAUCAAUUCCGCCAAAAAAAAAAAAAUUUUUUUUGAAUUUUGGGGUCUUUUCGGGAGGGGGGGGGGGGGGAGUUUUCCCAGGAGCGGUGCCGGCGCUAACGGUUCUUUCUUUGUAUUUUUAGGGCCUAACAAACCUCCGCCCCCGUAGUUCUUGGUGAUAGACGUUGCCUUUUUCUGCUUCUUUUAAGGACGUUUUUAACAAUUUGUGGUAUUUUCCAGGGCCGAUGCGAUUAGUGCAUGAAAAAAAAAAAAAAAAAAAUAAUGUUUAACGCUCGGGGGGUCCGGACGGGCCCUUUUACUGCUGAAUUUAAAGAGAAAAAGAAAAAAAAGGAA